CAAAUAAAUUCUGCCUGCGAGACACUUCAGUUUCUACUUGGUUCUUUCAGCACUGCUUGCUUUCUGUGGAGAGAUUUCUUGUUUUUUUGAGCUGUUCGUUUUGCUGUGCUGAAAUGGAUAUAACGGAGGUUUCGAUCGUGCAUCACAUCGUUAUAGUGCUUCUGAUCCUUUGGAUUUUAGAAUCUAUUGGGUGGUCUCUUUCCGUGCUUUACUUCGCGGCUUUAUUCUACCCGUUCGCUGUAAAUCAACAAUAUACUGUAAGAUGGAAGAGAAAAUUACAGUAUGAAGAAAGAAAAUAUGCUGACCAAAAAAGGCUCCUUUCUGAUUCAGAAUCUGUAAGGUGGUUAAACCAUGCAGUUGAAAAGGUUUGGCCUAUAUGUAUGGAACAAGUUGCGUCUCAGCAAUUCCUAUUGCCCAUCAUUCCCUGGUUCUUGGACAAGUACAAACCUUGGACAGCUAGUAAAGCAGUAGUUGAGCACCUAUACUUGGGUAGGAACCCUCCUAUGUUUACAGAUAUUAGAGUUCUUGGUCAAUCAUAUGAUGAUGACCACUUGGUUUUAGAACUGGGAAUGAGUUUUCUAUCGGUAAAAGAUAUGAAUGCGAUACUUUCUGUUCAACUAAGAAAAACUUUAGGGCUUGCAAUAUGGACAAAUAUACAUUUAGCAGGCAUGCAUCUGGAAGGAAAGGUAAUAUACGGAGCACGCUAAAACUUUCAAUCGACAUUUUUCCUUGCCACUGUUAUGUUAAGUUGUGUUGUAACUUGGGGUUGGGUUUGGAAUUUGUUGGAUUAUGUUACCCCUGCAACAGAUAUUCCUGUGAAAAUCAAAAGCUGCAGAGAUGGUUUCCAUUAAUAUUUUCUUUUCUUGCCUGUUCUCUGUUGAAAUACGUUAGGGUGCAAUAAAGAGAUACUGCUUUCCGAACCCUCGGUUUGGAUUUCAAUGAAA